AGAUUUGUGUGCGUUUAUUAAAUAAAAGUAUCUGCAGGUCAUUGUUAUAGAUGAAGCUAAACAAUCACAUUCAUUUAUAAAAUGAUGUUAGUCGAACUUGUGUGAGGAUUAAAACAAGCUGUCCAGGCAGCAGGAUUCACAAUAAAGUCCAAUACUAAUACUAAUACUAAUACUAAUACUAAUACUAAUACUAAUACUAAUACUAAUACUAAUACUAAUAUAAUACUAACCAUCAGGGACACAGGUCUGUCCACUGGCAAUUCAGUAGAUUUUGGAUCAUUUUAACAAUGCCAUAAAAGUGGCCGUUAAACAACUGGUUGUAAUGGGGACAGCUGUCAGGCUGUGGUUUUCCAACUCCAGCAGCUCCAGCAGCUCCAGCAGCUCCAACAGGUCAACAAUAACUCGAGGACAUUACAGUAAAACCGUGUUGCACCACUUUCCCCUCAGAGUUUUUCUUCUUCUUCUUCUUCUCUGUGAAACAAAAUGUAUGACACAGAGUCGGCUGCUCGGCCUGGGAGGAGUCUGCAGCCGCCUGCUGUUUUAAUUGGCUGCAGACUUCRGUGAGAAGCGCGAGGAUCAGUAAUUAUUCAGCGAUGAUUUUGCACAAGAAAUGUCAGCCGGAGAGGGCCAUCUUCAUCCGGCGCCAAAUUUCAGCGCGACGAUGUCAUGUUCCAACAACCAGGCUGCGAAUUCCUUCUUCGUGGACUCUCUGAUCAGCGGCAGGGCCGACCCGGCUCCGUACUACCAGAGCGGCAGCUUGUAUUUGGCCCCGGGCUCGGAGUACUCCUAUGGACUCUCCGGCGGCUCCUGUUUCCCGGCGGUGGGGAAGCGCAACGAGCCGACGACCCAAAGCGCCGUGCCCUCCUCCUCCGCGCCGUACGUGCCGGGGAUGGAGACGUGGCUGGAGACGUCCCGGUCCUGCAGGGUGGACCAGGCCGGCGGCCAGCAUCUGGCUCACUGUUCGUUCUCACCCAGCAUCAAAGAGGAGAGCGCGUGCUGCCUGUACGAGGCGGAAAAAUGUCCUAAAGGAGCCACGGAGGACCUCUCCUAUUCMAGCGGCGGCACGGUCCCGGUCCCGGGCUACUUCCGCCUGUCUCAGACCUACAACCCGUCCUCCAGGCUUUAUCACGACGUCCAGCCCAACAUGACUCACUUUCAUCUGCAGCGACCCGCCCGCCCGGACGGACAUCCCUCCCAGACCCCCCAGGCUGGCUCCCAGGAGCCGGAGCGCAGGGAGAGCCACGAGGAGGCGCCGGCGGCCGCGGCGGCCGCGGCGGCGGGGGGCUCUGCGCUCCCGUGCGCUCCGGCCAGGGAGGAGGACAGCCGCCUGUCCUCAGAGAGGUCCUCAUCCCCGGAACCAGCCGAGACGCGCAGCGCAGAGUGUCCAGAGAAACCCGUGAAAGGAGAUGGGAAAGUGGAGAGCACGGCCAACUGGCUGACAGCGAAGAGCGGCCGGAAGAAGCGCUGCCCCUACACAAAACACCAGACCCUGGAGCUGGAGAAGGAGUUCCUCUUCAACAUGUACUUGACGCGGGAGCGCCGUCUGGAGAUCAGCCGCAGCGUGCACCUCACCGACAGGCAGGUCAAGAUCUGGUUCCAGAACAGGAG